AAACCCCACAUCAUGCCCAUAUAUACAUGUUAUAAAUGAUGUCAUAUGUUUCGCUCAAAAAGAUUUCUUUAAAAAAUUUUUUUAAGGAUAGGAAAGGUUUGUUUUAUGCCCUUCUAUAUCUAAGAGUUUGAUAAAGGUGAAUCCAAAGCUCAUUCCUGCACAUUUUCCAGAUCCCGUGGUAUUUUGCUGAAAAUCAUAUUUGUGAAUUUUUAAACAGAACAGCUCUCAUUUAGAUGACAUGUAAAGGUUUGCAAAGUCCUUUAUGUGAGCAGCACCUGUUAAACCCCAAUUUACACUUGGGGAAAAAGGCUUAGAGAAAUUAAGUAAUUUUUAUCCCUGGUCACACCUGUGCUAGAGGCAGAAUUCAAACCUAGGUUUCUAGUUCCAAGCUUUAUAUUCAAUCCUAUAGGCUUCCCACAUUCUAUUAGUUGACAAAUAUAGAUAAACCAUUAUGUCAAUCUGCAAGCAUUUAUUAUGUGGGCACUGCCUUUUAAGUGGGAUGUAAAAUAAAAAGGUUAGGAAAAAGCCCUGAGUGCAAAUUAAAGUAUGAUUUCUUCAGUUUAUUUUUCUUUGGACAUAGCUAAUAUAGAAAUAUGUUUUGCAUGAUUUCACAUAUUUGGUUGAUGUAUUGCUUGCCUUCUCUGUUGGUGGGAGAGAGAUUGGAGAGAGGAAGGAAGAGAAUUUGCAACUCAAAAUUAAAAAAAAAUUUUUUUUAAAUACAUCAUAAUUUAAAAAAAAAUCCCUUACAUUCUGUCUAAGGCAGAAGAGCAGUAAAGGCUAGGCAAUAGGGAUCUAGUGACUUAUUCAGGGUCACACGGCUAGAAAGUGUGAGCCACCUUGCUGCAGACACUUGAAUAGGGCUUUAAAAACUAAAGAGAAAGAAUCUAGAAAGAGAAGAGAAAUAUCCUCAGGACAGAAACUUUGAGUACAGCCACAAUUAGAGCCCCUGUUAGGAAUGGUGAACCAGUCAAGGAUCAGCCAGGCAGGUUAAGAGAAUCUUGAAAAAGUAGUGUCAUAAAGAUCCAGAGAGAUGAGAGCAUCUAGGAAGAAGAAGGGAGAUCCCAUGUGUCAACUGCAUCAGAGAAGAUCUAAAGAUGACACUUGGAAAACUGAUGACCUUAAGAAAUACCUUCGGGCAUCACAGUCAGAAUUGCAAAAAGAAGAAAAGAAGCAUAGGGAAAAGAAAAUACAUAGAGAUUCAGAAAUGAGCGAUUUGUUUGAUUACAAAGAAUAUAAGCACAAAGAUCAAGACAGGGAGAUCCUGAAAAACAGGGAAAGAGACAGCCACAUAAAUAAAGAGACUGGAAGGAGUAAUUAUGGUGAGAGAGAUAGAGACAAACAAAAAGAAAAGAGAAAAGAACCAAGAGAAAGAGAAAAAAACAAAGAGAAACACCGUGAACAAGAGUCUGAGAAGGAAAAAUAUCACCGAGGGAAAGACAGAGAAAAAGAUAAAGAAAGAAAACUUAAAAAGGAAGAAUCAAAACAAAUUGUCAUUUCACAUCAUAACAUAAAAGGACAUGAAAUGGAAAAGAAGAGUUUUUCAGGAACCAAAGGAAAAGAUAAAGACAGAGAACAAAAAGAUGAUUCUGAAAGAAAAGAUGAUGAAAAGAAGUUUCGAGAAAAGAAGUUUGGUGAAAAUAAAGAGUUUACUCUCAGAUAUUACAUGCAUAAAGAAGAAGGAGAAAGAAAGCAUAAGAAACAAAAAGAACAAGAACAAGAUAAGAAACAUAAAGAAAAAAUCAGCACUAGGGAUAAAAAAGAAAGACUGUCAAAAGAAAAAAGCAACUUGGCCUAUGACAAGGAUAUGGAAGAAAAACAUAAAGAUAAACGACAUAAAGACGGAGUUUCUUUAGAGGAUGAGAGAUCAAAAAAUAGCCUGGAGAAGAAAGAAAAAACAUCUAAAGAAGAGCAUAAAAAGAAAAAGGAAUCAAAGACUAGUGACCACAGAAGUGGAGGAGCAAAUUCCAAAAGAGAAAAUAUAUCUAUCAUCCAACGUGUAGAGAAUUUAGGAAAGACUGGUGGAAAGGACAACAAAGACACCAAAAAAAAGCAAACUGUUGAAGAAGCAUUGUCUGUAUGGAAAUCUGCCCGAAGGCAAUCAAGUGAAGAAAAUGAAGAUAUUGAAAAAGAAGACCUUGAUUUAGAAAAUGAUGGUGCUGAUGACUACACUGCCAAUUAUGAAGACGAUUUUGAAGACUAUGAAGAUGACUUUGAUAAUUGUGAUGGUAAUGGUGAUGGUGAAGGUGAUGAUGACGAUGAUGAUGAUGACGAUGAUGACGAUGAUGAUGAUGGUGGUGUUGUUGGUGGAGGUAAUGCUGGUGUUGGUGCUGGUGAAAAGAUGAAGGAAAGGGAUGAAGAAAUUCCUCUAGCCAGGAAAAUGGAAAUACAAGAAAUCCAAAGAGCUAUUAAUGCAGAAAAUGAAAGGAUUGGUGCAUUUCCUUUGAAGCGAAUUCAAAAGCAAUUGCAAACAGAAAUUGAAAAGGAACCAAAACCAGAAGUAAAAGAUUCACCUUCUAGAGGCUCUCUCUGUGGAAUAUUUAUGGAUUUUGCUGCAGCUUCACAGCGACAAAGCUGUCGGAAUCAUGCCCUUAAACAACGGACAAGAAGUGCAAAGUUACUUCGACUGAUUGACUUGGAUUUUUCAUUUAGUUUUUCUCUCUUGGAUCUGCCACCAGUAAAUGAGUAUGAUAUGUAUAUAAGAAACUUUGGUAAAAGAAAUACUAAGCAGGCAUAUGUUCAAUAUAAUGAAGAUAAUGUGGAAAGAGAUGUUCAGACUGAGGAAAUAGAAACACAUGAAGCAUGGACCCAGCAUCCAGGUGAAAGUACCAUUGUAUCAGGAAGUACUAAAAACAGCAGAGAUAUGUCUGAUAGUACAUUUGUAACAAAGAUCGACACACCAAGAUUAGCUAAUUUUCUCCGGGCUGCUUGUCAGGUGAUUGCUGUAUUACUUGAGGAAGACCGUGCUGCAACCGAACCCAACUGGAAUCUCAGGUCUCAAGAAAAUGCCCUUAAUAUUAGUGAAAACUGUGCCCAAAUGAAUACUAAUCUACCAUUCUUACAAAAUCGGAAAGUGUCAUCUUUACAUGUUUCUCAAAUUCAGAGACAGACUUUAGUUUCUGUUCAUGAGUUACCUGAAAAACCAUUCUCUGAUAUACUGGAUAAAAGAUACAUUCUUUGUGUAUGGGAUAUUUGGCAGCCUUCCAGUCCUCAGAAAGUUUUAAUUUGUGAAUCAAAGGUCAUGUGCUGUUGUUUUAGCCCUUUUAAAGCAAUUUUACUAUUUGCUGGAACAAUCCAUGGCUCAGUAGUUUUGUGGGAUCUACGAGAAGACUCCAGGAUGCAUCACUAUGUGAAGUUAAAAGACUGUGCUUGGACAUUUAGGACAGCAACAUUUUCUACUGAUGGUGUUCUUACUGUAGUAAACCAUAGAAGUCCUGUCCAGUCAAUUGAACCUGUUUCAACAUCUGUCUACAAAAAACAGAACUUUGUGCUUUCACCUUUUUCUAAUCAAGAAGAAAUAGCUGGUUUAUCAUUCCACAUUGCUUCAUUGGAUGAAAAUGGAACUCUUAAUAUAUGGGUUGUGGUUGAACUACCAAAAUCGGAUUUUGCCGGUUCCCAAAGUGAUCUAGGUUUAAUACCAGGAGGAAAGAUAAAGUUGGUACACAGCUCUACAAUUCAGUUGAAUAACAGCUUUUCUUCUAAAAGUAACACAAAUUUGGGGACUAUGCAGACUCUGACUGUGAAGUUUUUGCCUUCAGAUCCUAAUCGUUUUGUUAUUGGUACGGAUAUGGGUGUCAUAAGUCAUGGUGCAAGACAUGAUUCUAAAGUUUCCCCAAAACUGUUCAAACCCCAGCAACGUGAAGAAAGACCAGUGAAAGUUACCGUGAUUGAUUUUUCACCAUUUGGAGAUCCAAUGUUUUUGGCUGGCUGUUCAGAUGGAAGCAUUAGACUACAUCAGCUAACUUCUGAAUAUCCAAUUUGUCAGUGGAAUAACAGUACAAAGGGCCAGGCAAUUCUUGCCUUAAAGUGGACACAGACAAGACCUGCUGUGUUUUUGGUUCAGGAUGAUGUAUCCAACAUUUACAUUUGGGACCUAUUAGAAAAUGAUCUGGGACCCGUAGCUAAACAAUUCAUCUCUCCAGACAGGCUCAUCACAGCAACAGUCUUGGGUGAUCCCGAAAAGACAAACAGAUUCCUUAGUCUGGCACUGGCUAAAACAUCAGGAGCCAUCGAAAUUCAGUACCUAAAGAAGAAAUGGUCAUUACCCAAGAAGGAAGAACAAAGGAGACUGCGUUUGCUUCUGCAAGACUCCCUCUAGAAAUGGCAAAAUAAUUUUCUAAGGAGCUCAUAGAAAAGGAGCAUUACCAGAGACUUUUUGUUCAGUGAUUAAAAAUGAAUUAGGUAUUAUUUAGAGGUGUAUAAUUUAAUAGCUACUCCAUCUAUGUGCAUGUAUAUUUCUGUAUAUAGAAUAUAUGUAUAUAUAUUCUGUAUAUAAUUCAUUUUACUAUUGACUGCAGUGUUUCUACUAAAAUCAAUAUUUUUGAACAGGAAAAGAAAUGACAUUUUCUUUAUCUAUUGGACUUAAAAGGAAAUACACAUUAUAGUCACUCCCAGUGUAUUGUUUAUGGAGGAUCUUUAUAUAUAUAUUUUUUCAGAGCAGUUCUAAAAUAUGAUCAUCAAAUUUAUCACUGUUUUUAAAACCACCCACCAUGAAAUGAAUUUAAAUGGACUAUUUUCUUAUUCACACAGAUACCUAUGCCUGUCCAAAUUAAAAGCAGUUCCAAUGUUGAAAA